CCACCUCCACCUACAGUCUCCCUCUCAAAUGGCAAUGCCCAAGCAGGUGGAGCACGGCGGCGAAUGGGAAAGCCAUUCAAGGUUAUACGAGGCCUACAACGAGCUGCACGGACUAGCACAGGAGUUCGAGACGCCCUUCGAUGCACCGGCGGUGCUAGUGGUCGGACAUCAAACCGACGGUAAGAGCGCCCUUGUGGAAGCCCUAAUGGGAUUCCAAUUCAACCACGUUGGCGGUGGGACAAAGACUCGUCGUCCUAUUACUCUCCACAUGAAGUUCAAUCCUGAAUGUGAUUCUCCUCUCUGUCACCUUAUAUCUGACUCUGAUUCUUGUGUUCCUGAGGAGAAAUCACUCCAAGAAGUUCAGGAAUACAUCGAAGCUGAAAACAUGAGACUGGAGCGUGAAACCUAUCAAUUUUCUUCCAAAGAGAUAAUUGUUAGAGUGGAAUACAAAUACUGUCCAAAUCUUACCAUUAUAGACACUCCUGGGCUCAUUGCUCCUGCUCCUGGACGGAAAAAUCGAGCUUUACAGGCUCAAUCUCGUGCUGUUGAGUCCCUAGUGCGUGCAAAGAUGCAGCAUAAGGAGUUCAUUGUACUAUGCCUUGAAGACUGCAAUGAUUGGAGCAAUGCGACUACUCGAAGGGUAGUAAUGCAAAUUGAUCCUGAACUUUCCAGGACUGUUGUUGUCUCAACCAAGCUUGAUACAAAAAUACCUCAGUUUGCACGUGCUUCAGAUGUCGAAGUUUUCCUUUCUCCACCAGCAUCUGUACUUGACGGCUUCAUGCUUGGUGAUUCGCCCUUUUUCACAUCUGUACCUUCUGGACGAGUUGGUUUAGGACAUGAAUCAGUUUACAGAUCCAAUGAUGAGUUUAAACAGGCUAUUUCUCUAAGAGAGAUGGAAGAUGUGACAUCUUUAGAGGAGAAGCUUGGUCGGUCACUAUCAAAUCAAGAAAGAAGCAGAAUAGGAGUGAGCAGCCUUAAGUUAUUCUUGGAAGAAUUGCUGCAGAAAAGGUAUAUGGAUAGCGUUCCCUUGAUCAUUCCUCUUCUUGAGAAGGAGCAUCGUAGUACAACACGAAUGCUAAAUGACAUAAAUCAGGAACUCAGCACUUUAGAUGAAGUCAAACUAAAGGAGAAAGGAAGAGUUUUUCAUGAUCUUUUCGUGACUAAGUUAUCACUGCUAUUGAAAGGAACAGUUGUUGCACCUCCAGAUAAAUUUGGGGAAACACUACAAGAUGAGAGGGUUAAUGGAGGGGCAUUAAUCGGUAUUGACGGCUCUCAGUUCCCACUCAAGCUAAUACCUAAUGCAGGUAUGCGUCUAUAUGGAGGUGCUCAAUAUCAUCGUGCCAUGGCUGAAUUUCGGUUUGUUGUUGGAGGGAUCAAAUGCCCUCCAAUUACACGAGAAGAAAUUGUAAAUGCAUGUGGCGUGGAAGAUAUUCAUGAUGGAACAAACUACUCUAGGACUGCAUGUGUCAUUGCUGUUGCGAAAGCUCGUGAUACAUUUGAGCCUUUUCUUCAUCAGUUGGGCAGUCGGCUUCUCCACAUUCUGAAGAGAUUACUUCCCAUCUCCGUGUAUCUUCUUCAGAAAGAGGGUGAAUUCCUAAGCGGCCAUGAAGUUUUCCUGAGGCGUGUGUCUUCUGCCUUCAACAACUUCGCUGAAUCGACCGAAAGAUCGUGCCAUGAAAAAUGUAUGGAGGAUUUAUUAAGCACCACCCGUUAUGUGACCUGGUCCCUUCACAAUAAGGUUAACCGAGCUGGACUACGCCAAUUCUUGGAUUCUUUUGGUGGAGCAGAACAGCCUGUUAAUGGUGGUACGGACUCAAGCACAAGUGUGCAGACGACAGAAACAAGAUUGGCUGAUCUUUUAGAUAGCACACUCUGGAACAGGAGACUUGCCCCCUCAUCUGAGCGUAUUGUUUAUGCAUUGGUACAACAAAUAUUUCAUGGCAUCAGAGAAUAUUUCUUGGCGUCUGCCGAAUUAAAGUUCAAUUGCUUUUUCUUAAUGCCGGUUGUUGACAAAUUGCCUGCGCUCCUUCGAGAGGAUCUAGAAUCUGCAUUCGAGGAUGAUUUAGAUAAUGUUUUUGACAUUACUAAUCUGCGACAUUCACUGGGGCAGCAGAAGCGAGAAACUGAAAUUGAGAUGAAACGGAUACAGAGGCUGAAAGACAAGUUUAGAAAGAUCCAUGAGCAACUUAGUUUGCAUCAAGUCAUGCCAGGACCAUGACUUGUUGUUCAUCAUUUGAGCUCCCAAAUUCUGGUAAAAUCCCUCAUAUUUUCUUUUGCUUCAAGUAUCUGUGUAUAAACUUAGAAGAGUAGCAUGAAGGAUCUGAUCUGAUGCAUACUUGAAUAUUCAUUUGAAAAAUGAGUUUGUUGUUACA